AUGAUGAAUAAUUUGUCCCCACAAGCUAAUCAAUUUAUGGAUAAGGUUGUAAGCCAAUUUCAAGCAUCAUUUCAUAAUAAUGAAGAAGUCGAAUUUGAGCAUUACUCUACGAUUCCAGAUGAUGAAUUACCAAUAGAAUUGUUGCAAUAUACAGAUGAUGUUGUUGCCAGAGUAAAUUUUACUGGAAAUGAUCAUUUACGGAGAUUUUUAUUGAGUAAGGGAGAUGAAAGACGCCAGGAGAUACAAUUCAAGGUUUGGAGUAGAAGUCAUACACAAAAUUUCAUUGAUUUACAGAUAAAUGAAGAUAACUUAAUUAAAUUAGUGGAAAAGUUCACUAGCCCAGAAUAUGAAUUGAAGUAUGAUAUAAUCAUCGAGGACUUGGCACAGAAGGUAUUCGAGACAUAUCCGAAAGGUUAUAAGAAACGAGACAACAUCAAGGGUAAGAAUAUUGGCAAAAACUCGUACCAACACGAGGCUACUGCUGAGGUUGUUAAUUCAAUGGAGGCGGAUGUGUUUUCCGAAUUAUUUUUUAGAGAAUAUCGUCCCUUAGAGACUAUCAAUGCAUGGCUUGAUAUAAUAGAGCAAACAUUCCCAGAAAUAGUUACGUUAGAAGACAUAGGGCAAACUUUCGAGCAUAGGUCAUACAAAGUGGUACACUUUUCUGUGAAAGAUGAUGAAGCUGAACACCAACCGAAGAAAACUAUUGUCAUCACUGGUGGUGUCCAUGCAAGAGAAUGGAUUUCAGUGUCGUCGGUUUUGUAUACCAUUUAUUCUAUGCUUAAUUACUAUCAAGAAAAUCCAACUAUCUUUGCCAACCUUGAUUUCUUAUUUAUUCCAGUCCUGAACCCCGACGGAUAUGAAUACACGUGGAAUACCGAUAGAUUGUGGAGAAAAAAUCGUCAACAGACUAUCUUACCAAGAUGCUUUGGAAUUGAUAUCGAUCAUUCGUACGAUUAUCAUUGGACGUAUUCUUCUGAUUGGGCAUGUGGUGAAGAUUAUUCCGGAGAAGAACCAUUCGAAGCAAUAGAAUCUAAAAUAUGGAACGAUUACUUGAAUGCGACAAACGAUGAUCAUAAAAUUUAUGGAUACAUUGACUUACAUUCAUAUUCGCAAGAGAUUCUUUAUCCUUACGCCUACUCAUGCAAUGAAAAUCCAAGAGACGAAGAAAAUUUAAUUGAAUUAGCGUAUGGUGUUGCGAAGUCCAUAAGGUUGCAGACAGGUAAAACAUAUAAUGUUUUGCCUGCUUGUCAAGAUAAGGAUCUGGAUUUACUACCAGAUCUAGGAUCAGGAAGUGCCCUUGAUUUUAUGUAUCAUAAUAAGGCAUUUUGGGCAUAUCAGCUUAAGCUAAGAGACAGUGGAAGUCAUGGAUUUUUAUUGCCUGGUAAAUAUAUUAUCCCAGUUGGUAAAGAAAUCUACGCUGGUAUUAGAUACUUUUGUAAUUUUGUUUUGAAUGAAUAA